AUGACGCGGGCAAAAAGAUCAACAUCUACUGCUAAUGUGAAUGGUUCAAGAAACAAGACUCGGCUCAGACAACAAGCUUCCAUCACCAGCUGGCUGUCUAACCUACAGAUUAAGAAUGAAACCAGGCAAGACGAUUCUGCCGCAAGCGUGGAGGACUUGUCUGUCACUGCCCACAGCUAUUCACCCACUCCAGAUCUCAAGGAAGAAGAGACGAAUAAAAUGGAAGAUGUGAUCCAAGAGCAACAACUGACCUCAGAUGACGAAGACUCGAGCUGCAGUAGCGAUAAUCAUACUGUCAAGACAGAUGCUCCAGUGACACAUUUAUAUCAGGAGGAUAAUGGAAAUGAUACUCUGCCUGACCCCAAAGAUCCCAACUUUUACUGUCGUGUGUGCAAGACAACCAAUACAGCGCUAUGGGAAUACAGGAAGCACUGUACAAGAAUACAUCAUAUGAAACUUGAUACCCUGAAAAAGCUGUACAAGCCCAUCCCUGGGGUCAAGCCCGAUCCCAAGGAUCCUAAUAACUAUUGUCGAGCAUGUCAAGCCAGUUUUCCCUCUGCAAAAGCCUUUUCAACGCAUCUCAACAUGAAACACUGGGCUGAAUUCCCUGCAAAAGAAUUGAGAAAGAGAAAAAACACGGGUGGUAUCCCAGACAUGGACGACAAGAACUCGCACUGUCGCUCUUGUGAUGCUGAAUACAAGCGAACGACGGACGCCUAUCAUACUCAUUUGGUAACCAAACAUAAAAUGAAUCUGGAGAAUAUCAGAGCUUUCAAUCAAGACGGCAAGAACAUUGAGAAUGCGCACACGUACUGCCUCUCUUGCAAAGCAUCGUUUAGCUCACUGGGCAUGUAUGUGAAUCAUUACAAGACCACGCAUAGUGUCAGAAUGACCAACCGGCGCACAUUUGACCCCAAUAUCAAGCUGGAUCCGGAUGACCCCAGUUUCUGCUGUCGAUCCUGCAACCUGCAGUAUGCCAAUAGAGCCGCUUAUCGAGUACACUUGAAGGGACCUCACAAAAUGAUACUGGGAUCCUUACUGGAAAUCAGUGUAGCCACACCUGGUGUUGAGCCUGACCCUGAAGAUCCAAACUUCCAUUGUCGCUCCUGCAACCGCACGUAUGAAACCAAGGGUGAUUACAGAAUUCAUUUGCGUGUUAUGCACAAGUUGAACUUAAAGCCAAUGUUUGCCAGACCUCAAAAGGACAUUGAGCCUGAUGUGGAUGAUCCAAACUUUUACUGCUGCUCCUGCAAAAAGACAUUUGAAAAUCGACACUCUUUUAGAAAUCAUCUGAUGGCCGUGCACAAGGUGACUCCAUUGCGCACCAUGACGCAUCCCAAUGCCGACAUUGAGCCUGAUGUCAACGACCCCAAUAACCAUUGCCGCUCUUGCAACAAGACGUUUCCACACAACAGGGACUACCGUGCUCACCUCAGAUCUCGCCAUAACAUGAAGCUGGAGCCUCUUGUCAAACUGUGCACGCCAACGCCUGGAAUCCUCCCUGAUCCCGACGAUCCCAAUUUUUUCUGCCGCUCCUGUAUUGUGGGUUACUCCAAUGUGUCCGAUUAUCGAGGCCAUCUCAAGCGAAGACAUGGCAUGAAAUCGUCUAUAAAGAAAAUCGCGACAACACCGAACCCCAACAUUCUCCCAGACAUCCAUUCCAAGGAUUUCUAUUGCAUAUCUUGCGAAAAGCAGUUCAACGAUAACACCCAUUACCGUAGUCAUCUGCGCUACAGACACAAGAUCAAGCUAGACAGGCUCAUCCACAAUGCAUAUGAUGUUGAUGCCUCCAUCAUCCCAGAUGUAGAUGACCCUAAUUUACACUGUGCAUCGUGUAAGGUUACCAUGGCAACCAAAGCCAAGUAUCGUGCACAUUUAAAAUUUGUUCAUAAGAUGAAGCUGGAGCCGUUGAACAAGCCUAACCCGAAUAUCAUCCCUGAUGCUGAUGAUCCCAAAUCUUACUGCAAGUCCUGCAAACGAACCUUGAAAAAUGCACAGUGCUACCGCAGACAUCUGCGCAAAGUACAUAACAUGCGUCUGUCGCCCUUGAUACGCCGAGGUAAAAUGAAUACUGAGGUGAAACCUGAUCCGAAUGACCCAAAACAUCAUUGCGUCUCCUGUGAUAUCACAUUUCCCAACAGACGUCGCUACAAACUGCACUUGUCAUAUAAGCACAUAGACCUCAUGAAACCACCUGUGGACGAUGGCGGUUCCUACCUCAAAGUAUCUGAUUUCGACGUUGACAAGCUCUACUGCCAUCUAUGUCGCAAAACAGCCAAAGACGAAAAGUCCUAUUCUCAGCACUUGAGAACGCAACACCUGGUAGUAUAUACAAUGUCGAAAAAAGACAAAGGAGGGAAACGAAAGUACUAUCCUAGACCUGAAGUGAUCCCUGACCGCAAUGAUCCAAACUUCUUUUGCAAAUCAUGUCAGUACAAGUUUCCUGAUUGGGAGCGCUAUAGAUAUCACCUUGUACAUUUGCACAAGAUGAAGAUUGAGAGAACAGGCUCUUGCAACCCAACGCCAGGCAUUGUGCCAGAUGUCGAUGAUCCGAACUAUUACUGCAAGUCAUGCAAGAGGUCAUGGUUGAAGCGAGAGAGCUACAGAGACCAUCUACGAAGAGUGCAUAAGAUGAAGUUACCUGUGACACCAAAGCCAGUUUGGACUUGGGAGAACCCUGAAGAGGCAGCGUUAGCAGCAGAGGCAGAGGCAGAGGCAGAGGCAGAGGCAGAAGCGUCUAACAGGAAUGACAUGAUGGACACAUCUUGUCCCUAUACUGAUGUCAAGGUUAGCAUCAACAGAUUGGAUAACAUAAUGACACUAAAUGAGCCACUGCCUGUGCCUGUAAAGUUGGAAACGACAGUACUGGAUCAGCCCAUAGAGGACUAA